AUGGGCCCCAAUGCUGCGGACUCGGAUGGAGCCAUUCCUGCUGUUGACCUGCCAUCAUGCGAGGGUUGCCGACGGCGCAAGCUGAAGUGCACCCGCCAGAGACCGCUCUGCUCGAACUGCGAACGGCUUGAGAUUGACUGUAUUUAUGAGAAUAGGCGAAAUAAACCGGGGUUAAAGGGCGGCGCCGUCGAAAGUCUCAAUAGAAGACUUGAGGCGGUGGAAAACGCUGUCUUCAGCAACAACGAGACACCGCUGCUUCAACUGGUUGUCAUGUGGAUAAUCAGAUCUCAUCGAUCGUAG